AUAUUUUAAGAACACAUAGUCCCAGUUUCGCAGACACAGAUGUGAUCAAUCCGUGAAAGUUUCUUUCAGUGUAAAAAGCUCAGAUUUAAAUUUCAGUCAUGGACUAGGCUUAAGCCAUGUUUGUGAAACCUGGGGUUAGUCUCUUAUCUGUAUGUCUGUCAAUCAUCUGUAAUUUCAUAUCUAUCCUAAAUGUCAAAGUGCAAUCAAACUGAAUGAGGAUUAUUUAAUAUUUCAUUUUUAACAUUUCAAUUUUGAGUUUAUUUCGACCAAGGAAUAGCAUUUUACAUUGAUCGGUAACGUAAUGCAUUUUAAUAUGGUCAUAGAUGAAAUGAUAAAUCCAUCAUGAGAUGACCUACAUGCUUUCACUGCAUUUUACUGGCUUCACUGCAUUUUUCACGCAGCUGAACUUACAUCUUCAGUAAGGAUUUUAACGCUAUUCAAACUGAAUGGACAUAAUUUCUUACAGAUUCAUAAAAUCUGAGGCUUGUUCUGGAGUUUUAUUGAGCGCUGUUGGAGUGAAAGUGUUCUGUCUGGUGGGCUUGUUGCUUGUUGCUUCCUGUUUUUGUAUUAUUGUGGUUGCAAGCUAAAAAUAUGAGUAACUUACGUGAGAUGCAGAGACUGUAACGUUAGCAUAUCCCUUUCUCCUUUUCUGCCCUUUUUUUUGUCGCGCUCAUUAUAAAAAGGCAUUAAACCGCUUUAAACAGUAAAAUUUAUAUCAGCUCAUGUUAGUUUAAUGAGUCUAAAGUUUGCUAAGACUCCGUUAGCUAGCAGACUAGCGCGCUGUGCUAGCUGACCACCAAAUCUUUUUACACGAUGUAAAAAUACAAUAAAACAGUCUGUAGUUUUUCUUUUCUUUUUUUUUCUUUCUUUCUUUUUUUGGCUUUAAUCCGUCGGAAUCCCACCGAGUCUGGAGAGCAAAAAGCUUCUCAGCCUCUGUCAGAAUAUUUGCCGGAAUAUGCCGUGACGUGUCGGUCAGGCUGUGAGCGCAAACAGGAUCUCGGAAGGUAACGUUUCCCCCAGGUCUGCGAAUAGAGAAGACAUGGACAGCUCAGUCACCCUGUGGCAGUUCCUGCUGCAGCUUCUGUUGGAUCCCAGCAAUGACCACCUCAUCUGCUGGACCAAUGAGGAUGGAGAGUUCAAACUGUUGCAGGCGGAGGAGGUGGCCAGAUUAUGGGGUGCCCGCAAAAACAAACCCAGCAUGAACUACGACAAACUCAGCCGGGCUCUGCGUUACUACUAUGACAAGAACAUCAUCAAAAAAGUAAACGGGCAGAAGUUUGUGUAUCGUUUUGUAUCGUACCCUGAUAUCCUAAAGGGAGAUGUCAUGGCCAGAAUGGAGGGUGCAGACGGCGUCUCAAACGGACCUCUGCCCCUCUCCGACAAACCUGCAAACGUCUCUAGGGAUAAAGACAGCAAAGCUGCCCCAGACAGAGGAGCAGGAACACCGGGUCAGUCCAAAUCGUCUGGUCGGAAUGACUAUAUCCACUCUGGCUUGUAUACAUCCUUCACGUUGACCUCUCUUCAGUCGGGAACGCAACUUUUUAAAUCCAUUAAGGUUGAAAAUCCAGGAGAAAAGCUAAUGGAGAACAAGGCAGCCCAGGAGUCGCCCCAGCCACCCACUGUCAUUAAAUUUGGGGCCAUGCCACAGAACAGACACCCCACUCCAUCUGUCAUAGGGACGCCUGAACUUUCAACACAACCCGCCCAAGCUCCACUGCCCGAUCCAGCAGAACCUGAGGCCAAACAGACCGGCGUCUCGCAUGUGGAGAGUCCCACCUCAGAGAAUGCCAUGAUGGGCUUCCCGCUCUCAAGAAUCUCUUCAUCUCCACUCACACGUUCCCAGUCACCCUCCUCUUCUCCGAUGACAGAUUCCCAGGAGCUGGUGAUCGACAGUGAAAUUGAGUCCCUCUCCUCACAGCCGUCAGAGUUACAGCUGCAGGACCAGCCCACCUCUGUUUCCAAGGACAUUGUUCCAGUGUCUGAGAUGUCUGAAUCUCCACUGCGCAAUCUCAGCGGCAAGUCUAAGAAACCCAAAGGCCUGGAGUUGAUGCCCACACUGGUGGUGACCAGCUCUGACCUCAGCCCUCUCAAUCUGUACAGCCCAUCCAUCCCUACGGCCUUACUGCAGACACCCCUGCUGCUCACACCCAGUCCUCUUCUGUCCAAUAUCCAUUUCUGGAGCACACUCAGUCCGGUGGCCCCCCACAGUCCCGCCCGGAGACAGGGCACGCAUACCCUCUUUCAGUUCCCUUCUGUACUGAGUUCUGCGCAGUUCUCUGUUCCCGUGUAUAAUUUAGACGGCACCAACACGCCCGGCCCUCUCUCACCCGACCCACAGAAGACAUAAGAGGGGGACAAAGACCAGCACACUUCAUCUUUGCCUCAAGUUCUUGAUUGAUAAACGCAGGAUAACCUCAUUCUCUUCACCUGAUCUGGCACACUUCAGUAAAAAAAAACAUCUUUGACCGCCAUUUGACUCUUGAACCUUUGUGAUGUCACUGAAACUUUUCCUUGGGAUGUAUAUCAAGCCAUCGGAUACAUCAGUAAAUCUUUCGUUGCUAUUUUUUAAUGCGCUGGUCUUCAGGGAUCGGCUCUAGUGUGACUAAAGCAGAUGGCUGUCGAUCUGCACGGCUGCCAAAAUGGGAUUUCAUCGUAAAACGUCCCGUUGUUUGAUCAUUAGAUUAGGAUCUGGAUUGAAUUUCCUCGUGUUCAGUUUCUUGUGGAGCUUAAGACUCCGAUCAGACGCAGAAGAGAUUCUCACGUGACGUCAGCACCGUGUGUUUGUACAGCAAGAUCCUUGUUCUGAAUUGGAUAAAGAGGGAUCAUUUUGUACAUAAUCCAACAAGUUCACCUCGUCCCAACUGGUGUUUGCCUUUUGUUUGGGAAGUCCUCAAACAAACCUGCCUUGCCAAGCUAAACCGCCCCUUUGCCUUGUGAUUUUGAUAAUGGUGACCUCUGUUUUAUCUUGUACUUGUCCUCAUGCUGCACUUACUGCUUUGUAUUUAAAGUGUUCUGUAACCACAUAAACAGCACUUAGAUGAAAACAAGCUGCACUUACUAGGGCUUUUGCUCCUAUUCGUGUUUACUAGCCAUCCAGAACAGUAGUGAACUAGUUGGCUUAUUUUAUUACAUUAAUGUCACCUGUAAAGCUAGCUGUGCAACCCUCAAACAAGCUCCUGACAGCGUUUUAUUAUUCCAGAGCCACAUGAACAUGAAUCCCACUUUAAGAAAUGGUUGCAAUCACAAUCAGCAGAAGUCAAGUUUAUUUGGGAUAGUCCACCAAGUCAUUCCAAACCUGCGUGUCUUUCUUUUGUAUGAGGAACACAAUCUUCUGGAGAACAUCCAUGCAAUGAAAGUCAACAACAUUUGACCCCAUUGACCUUCAUUCUGAGACACGUGAUACAAAAAAUAUCAUCAUUUGUGUUCCAUAGAAGAAAGAAUUCACAGAGGUUUGCAACAAAAUGACGUUUAAUUCAUUUUUGGGUGUACUAUCUCUUUAUGAAUAUUGAGUCUAACAUUCAGGACGUUCUUGAUGUGACCCUCAUCACUGGAAAACACAUUUUAAAGUGACAUCUUCUAGCAUUAACCUCAUCUUUUCUGGUGCUUUGAGCAUGAUGCACAUUUUUGAGUAGGGAAGAUUGGCAUCGCCCACGCUGCAAUGCUUGAUGGCGACUGUCUAAUGAAGCGUGUUUCCAAACACGCCCCAACGCCAUUGAACCAUUACCGUAACACCACCAGAUAUGCCACUGCGGCUAUGCUUAUCAUGCAAAUCUUUUCGUAUAAAACAUUCCCUCCUCUCUGAAAGACUGGAAGCCAUUAGGCCCCAAGGACUUGCUUUACUCCAAUCGACUGCCGAUUCACCAUUAAUCUAAUGGAGCGUACACAGCGUAAAAUGGAAUGGAACGGCACCGGCUCAGUGCUUAAAGCCUCAUCCCACCAUUAGGAUAGUUGGAUUGCUGGAGAUCGGUUGGAUGCGUACCGUAACUGGAUGGCUGGCUGUAGAGCCCGGGCCAAAUACUCAAAACCAUUCCUGCAUUUGUCAGCUUUCCCGGAGUUGUGCAAGAUUCAAUCCCCCGGCAGAAUGCAAUCUACCUUGGACAACAAGGCAAAGCUGUUUGUAAUGCCCAGUCAGAAGUGUCUGUCCUUGUUGUAGCCGGUUAGCAUGGUCCAGUUAACCUCUGCUGGUAGAUUAGACCAUGCAUUUUUCUCAAUUGAUGUUCUUUCAGAACUGCCGUGUGUUUUUGAAGGCAACAGAUAUAUUUUAGUGUGCAUUAUAGUAAAUACAUAAAAAAAGUGUAAGUAGACCAUUAUUACUUUAAUUUUUGUAAUAAAUAUGAGCACUAGUGACCAUAACAGACUUUAUUCAGAAGUCCCUAAACUUUUGCAUAAUAGUGUAUGUCAUUUGUAAUGUAUAAUUUAAAAGAAUCAUUACUACUAAUUGUUAAGUAGUUUUUCUGAUCAGGCGUUGUAUAGAAUACCCAAACAAGUCCAGUGGAGUUUGUAUUCUUAAAGAGAAUUGAAUAUUGCACAACUGCAGUAAAGAUCACUGUCUGAACCAAAUACUGCAGCCACUCUUUGCUGUCCUCAUUUGUUGCCAAUGCAAUAUCGGUGUGUUAUUGUUGUUGUUGUUUUUUUGUUUUUUUUUAAAGCGUUUAAUCUCCAAUUAUAAAACAGUAUAGGAAAUUAAUGCCCAUAUGUUGCACAAUAUAAAAUUCUACCUCUAAGAGUCUUAAAAUCAACAAGCCAUGAUUUAUAACUGACAUGCAGUAGAUGCUAUACUGGAACAAGGCUUAAAUGCUGACAUUCAAAAUGCAGAAACCGAGCUCUGUUAGUCCCUCCUUGUAGGACCACCAAUGAUAAAAAUACAAAGGGAUGUGUGUGUGUCCAUAUAUAUAUAUAUAUAUAUAUAUAUAUAUAUAUGAAAACAGGAACUGUUCAGCAUCUCAAAUUAAUCUCUCAGGUAUUGUGUGAUUACCCACAGUUCACAACGCUCCAUGUUUAUACCUAACAUAAAUUGAUCGGAGUAGAAGAAACUGCUCUUUCACACUCAUGCUAAUGUGGUGCCUUUUAGUCUUGUUGUCUGUUGCCAGUUAAAUGAAAAUAGGCAACAAUUUUGCUAAUUGUUUCUAAAGGCUAUUUUUUUUGUCUUUUGCCGACGAAAACAGCUACUAACUAAAACUUCAACUAUUUAUAGGAUUGUUCUGCGUUAAAGACUUUUGACAGCAUUUGUGUGCACAGAAUUUUUUUUUGACUAUUUCAAGAAACGAUUUGCCCUAAAACCUAAAUUGAUGUAAUGUUAAUGUUUUAAAUACAAGCUUAAGUUGUAUUUAACCUAGAAUAUUCAUUUAACGUAUCAUAAACAUAGAUAAUAAGUCUCUAUAUUCAGAUCUAGUGGAAAAUGGAUCAUAUGAAAUAUUGAUGGUUUAUGCAUACUUUCUAGUACUGUUGGGUUAAUAUUUUCAGUCUGUAUGCUUAAAUCAAGCAUAGGGAUAUUUUAUUCCUUUUUAUAGCUGCCCUUGUAUUACAAGAGUGCAAACAUCUAACAUUUUAUGUCAUUUUUUUAUUCUUUCUAAUUUGUACUGUUGUUCCAAACCUGCAUGACAAAAAGGAGAUGUUUUGCAGAAUGUCCUGACUAUACAAAAAGCAACAAAACAAAAAUAAUUUAUAUGUUUGAUUUGCGCUUUAAUAUAUAUUUUUUUGUAAAGCCAUACAGUUGCUAUGUGUAAAGAACAUACUGAAAUUUUUGACCUUCAUAUAACACAAUAAAUUACAUGUACGGUGCUUUUGGUAUCUUUUUGGACCUAUAAAUCUUCUGCUUUCAUUGUAUGGAAAAAGAGCAGCUCGGGCAUUCUGCAGAAUACCUUCUUUUGUGUUCCACGGAAGAAAGAGGUGUAUUUAAAAUAUUCCUUUAGGAAAAUCAUGUUUCAUUGUACAUACAGUAAGAUGUGAUGGGAUGUCUGUAGCAUUGUGAUAUUGUUCUGUAGUAUUUUCACUUUGACCUGUUUUUCUCAAGUCCUGUAUUGCGAAGCGUCUUCAUUUGCAUUCCUGCAGAAUUCAGGCCUUGUUUGAUUGCUCUUGCCUGCAUCAUGAGCACUGCACAUGCAAUUGCCUUCUCAUGGAGGGAUAUUGAGUUGCUUAAUGCCUUUUACAUUUUGAAUAAUGGAUUUUGUGCAGUGUGUGAUUUGAUUUGUUCUUUAACCUGUUUCCAUUAUUUUUGUUAAAUGCUCUCUUACCCACUUAGGGUUUUUUCUUGUUAUAUGGGGGGGGGGGGGGGGGGGUUUACUUCAUUAAAUAGAUAUUUGUUUUGUUUCUAUGAAGAUUCUAAUUCUCCCAAUGGAUAGAAUGGGUUUGUUAUACAUGUUUAGCUGUUAAGCAAUGAUGUCAUUUGAUUUCUUCUGUUUGUUUGAGUUUUGUUUUUCUUCCAAGAACGUUUUGUAGCUAUUGUAGCCAUACUGGACAUCUGUUGUAUUUUAAUGUGAGUCUAAAGCACUUAAAAAGGUUGCUUUUUCCGUCUCUCAUUUUUUUUUCUUUUUACUGGCACUUUGUAUUUUUUAGAAUACAAUAUUUUUUGUUGUAAUGCUAAUCUCAUCUUAUUAGUGGCUCCACCACCCCAAACACUCAAAUUUUGGUUUUGAAUCAACAUUUGUAAACUAUGCAUUUAAACGUUUGCUGCACAGAGAUUUUGUAAUCAAUUUUAAGACUUUCCGGCAUAAAUUAAAUGUAUUUUAUGAUUGCUUUAUUGAUUAUUAUAAGAAUAUUUUCUCUUUGAAGAGAUUCUUACUACAAAAAGUCAAAAAGCUCUAUUUUAGUAAAAAUGGCACUUUUUAUGAAUAGGGCAUAAACUGGCGUAAUUUUUUGAGCAAGCAAAUCACUCAAAUGGAUAGUUCACACAAAAAUUAAUUACCCUCAUGAUGUUCCAAACCUGUAAGACGUUUGUUCAUCUUCGGAACAAUUUGAAGAAAUUGUUAUAGUCAUUAUUUUUGUUUUCUUUGCGCACAAAUUUUUUUAUCAUAACACUAUGCUUGAACUGCUGAUGUCACAUGGACUAUUUUAACAAUGUCCUUGCUAUCUUUCUGGGCCUUGAACGUCUCAGUUGCAUAGCUGUCUAUACAGGGUUAGAGAGCUCUUGGAUUUCACCAAAAAUAUCUUAAUUUGUGUUCUGAAGAUGAACAAAGGUCUUGUGGGUUUGGAACGACAUGAGGGUUAGUAAUUAAUGACAUAAUUUACAUUUUUGGGGUGAACUAUUCCUUUAAAGAGAACUAUUAAGAAUGUUCAAAUAUUAUAUAAUAUGAAAAGUAAUUCAUAUUCAAUUAAUCUAUAUUAGAUAUUUUACCAACUUAUUAAAUUUAGCUAUUCCACAUUUGCCCGCAACCUGAUUAUCAUCCCCAACACAUCAUUCCAUUUUGUAAAUUUGUACACAUUGAGUUAACUAUAUUCCUAACCAUUUCAGUAUACAUACAUAUUUGUAUAUAUCAAUUUCUCUUUAUAAUUUAUAUGAUAUAUGUUUGCCAUUGAAUACAAAUCGACACUUGGCAAACUAUCCCCUGCCGAGUGAAAAAUAAUUAUUUGCAACCAUGUUACCCAUUAUGGUAUUUUAUUUUAGUUUUGUCACAAGAGCGCCACAAUAAAAAUUACAUAUCAAGUUUUUAACCCAUAUUCAGACAUUUCUCACAUUCUGAUGAGAAGUUUUUGGAAACUUACAAUAGAAAAUUUACAAUCUUUCUUAUGCAUCAUAUCUUCAAUAAUAUCUUUGAUCUUUUAAAUCUGCUUUUAAGGUUAAUAGGUUAAUGUUUUUGUACCCUAUUCUUAGAAAGUGCCAAUGUUUCAGACACAUCAGAUUUUUUCAUCCUCUUAAAUGUCGACGUCAUAACUGCAUUGCAUUUAGAACAAUAUUUUGUAUUUUGUGGAAAAAAAGGGAUGAUGUAAUAAAAAGUGUGAAUAGUUCUACUGUCAUGGUACAAUAUUGGCACCAAAUGUUUUCAAUAUUUUUGUGCAAAUGUAUUUUCAGAUUGUCUCGCUCUCAAAUGUUUACAAAUUAUGUUCAUUGGCAUACAUGUUGUACUAAUCUGUGGAUGUUGGAAGGGAAGGAAGAUUUCUAUAAAAAACAAAUGUGUAACUCA